CGGUGGCUCCUCAGUGGCCGCCUCGCACCAGCUGGAGAUGGAGCUGUGGUGGGGCCUCACGCUCCUUUUAUCCCUCAUAGCCGCGGGCCGCUGCCAAAAGCCCCACAAACGAUUCGAAUACAAGUACAGCUUCAAGGGACCCUACCUGGCACAGAAGGACAACCAGGUUCCCUUCUGGCACUACAGCGGGAAUGCCAUAGCCAGUGAGGAGAGUGUUCGCAUCACGCCAUCUCUUCGGAGCCAGAAGGGGCAGAUAUGGACCAAAAACCCAACCAGUUUCGAGUGGUGGGAGGUGGAUUUUGUCUUCCGCGUGACAGGCAGAGGUAGAAUUGGAGCAGAUGGUUUGGCCCUGUGGUUCACUGACAAGCCUGGGGUUGAGGGUCCUGUGUUUGGUAGCUCAGACAAGUGGAAUGGCCUCGGAGUCUUCUUUGACUCCUUUGAUAAUGACAACAAGAGGAACAAUCCUUAUGUGAUGGCCAUGGUGAAUGAUGGCACAAAGGUUUAUGACCAUGAACAUGAUGGCCUCAGCCAGCAGCUUGGGGGUUGUCUUCGAGAUUUCAGGAACAAGCCUUUCCCAGUCAGGGCAAAGCUGGAGUAUUACCACAACAUUCUGACACUCAAGACCCAGCUCAUAGAGCAUGAUUAUAUUAAAAUGAAAGAAGAGCAUGAUGAAGACCCACAAGGAACAGAGCCCAGUGCAAUUCACGACUCCUUAAGUGACCAUGAUCCAGGCACUGCUCAGCCAUAUAGUUAUGGAGAAACACCUGCAUCCUUAGCAGAGACUGGAAAUCCCUUAGAUAUUGAGGCACCAAGUGAUGAUGGUUUCACCAGAGAAGCCCUAGAUACAGGGUACAUGUUGGUGGAGACCAUUCAUGAUGUUGCUGAAGAGGAGCUAUCUGCUGGCUGGGGCUGGUUAGGGGCCAGCAGUAACACUGAGGAAUUUGGUGCAGCCACCACUGCCUCCACCUUGACCCACACCACUUCCAAACCUGAGAAGAGGCGAAGAAAGAAGCAGAGGAAGAGGAGGGGAAAGAAGAAGAAAAGGGUGUUCAAGACUUCUCCUGGGCUGAUGAUCCACAGCGGCAUGACUAACAACGAUAAGGACUAUGAGAUCUGUAUGCGAGCAGAAAAUGUACAUCUACCUCCCUCUGGUCACUUUGGAGUGUCCGCAGCCACUGGAGGACUGGCUGAUGACCAUGACGUGCUCAAGUUCCUGGUGUCCUCAUUACGUUCCCAAGAAGAAAUGGCUCUCUUGCAAGUCAACCAGGAAGAGGAGGAGAAGUUCCAGCAGGAGUUCCAGGAAUAUCAGGAGAAAACCAAAAAGGCACGAGACGAGUACAUUGCACUAAAUCCUGAUGCAGAGAAGAAAGAAGAGGAAUAUGAAUCAUGGGAACAACGGGAACUACGACAAAUCUUUGUGGGACAGAGCCAGAUUCAUGAGGUCAUAAGACAGCUUCAUAUGAAGAUGGAUGAAAUCAUUGGUCGACAAGAACGGACCCUUGGCCUGGUGUCAGCUGUCCACUCAGGGAUGGGGGGACAGGUAGCACCAGUAGGGCAGGUGCCACCCGCACAACCUGUGGGUGGACUGCCAGGAGACACCAUCCGCCGACAUGAAGUUGAUUCCAUUCUGAACAACCAACGUGACAUCGUCCAGACUGCUCGAGACAUCAAGACCUUCGUCACAGAGAUCCAUCAGAAGAGCAACCAACUACUGGGUAACAGCCAGAAGCCACAGGGGUCUGUACAACCAGUGGGCUAUGACUUGCAUGUCACCCUUAAUGAGAUGAAGGAAGGUCUCAACAUCGUUAAGAGAGACUUGGGAACAGCCAACCAGAGACUGUCUGGAGGGCUAGGCGGGGGCGCGGGAUGUCCAUCUGUCAGCUGUGUGUCAACAACCAUAUUUAUCACCUUCAUGGUUCUACAGAUUGUGUUACUUAUUGGCUACAUCAUGUACAGAGAUAGUAAGGAGGCCCAGGCUAAGAAGUUCUACUGAGCUCUGGUGGCUUGUGAAGCUCUGAGAGUUUGAUAUCUCAGGAGCACAAAAGAUUUCUUCCAAAAUAUUUUUAGAUGGCUAAUCAUUUUGUAGAGUAUUUUAAAGUUUUAUGGUGGAAAUGAUUUUUAGGCAUUUAUUUUUUUAUUGCCAGGGGAGUUGGUAUAUUGUGUUACUGUAACUAAAAAGUAUUGUGAGAUCUGAAUCUAUGAGAUUGUUGUCAGUGUGAUCCAGCUCCUCAAAUAACAUAGCUCAUUAAUAAUGAUCUUUUUUUAUAUAAUUUGUAUAAAAGCAUUGAAGCAAGGACUCGCCAAAUUUAUUGCACUUUAUCUUGUGACUUUUAACAGUUGCUGUGAAAUGAUAAUUUAUCACAUUUAAAAUUGUUCUCUAAUUGUAUGAAGUCAUGUUCAUUUGCAUUUUUUGUUAUCCCUAAAAAUAUAGGUUAUGUUGAGUUGUCACCAGUUCACCUCAUUCAUGUUCUAUCAGUUUAUAAGAUCUGAUGAACUUGUACUUUCUUGACCCUUAACCACUUCUACAAAUAUGUGCCUAAGACAACUUUACAUUCAUCACUUCAUAACAUUAAUGAUGAAAGCUGGCUAGCCAGUAUUAUUUGUUCAUAAAGCUUCCAUUAAAAAUAGGGGAAUGAUUUACUUCUGUGCAUCAGUCUUGUAAUUAUUAUCAUCACCAUUUCUGUUUUCAUAUGAUGUGACAUCUCACAUGCUGGGAAGGGGACAGGUUAAUUAAGUGUAGAAAAGUAUUAUAAUCUUCAAAAGUUGUAUAAGCUUCCAAUCCAACCUGAAUUUGUUUCACCAUGUGAAGCAAAUAGUACAACUUUACAAAUGUUGACUAAGCUUUCCUCAUUGAUUGGUGAAGUGAGAUGGUUUUAACAGCAUCAAGCAUCAUCAACAUGAGCAUCUCAUUCACUUCCAUUUUGAAGUGUGGUUAAGUAAACAUCUUGUGGUACAUUAAUGGAAUGCUUAUUUUAGUAUAUAAUUUCCUUCAUUGUCGAAGGUGUUAUUUUUGUUGUUUAAGCUCAAUAACAGUUUGAUAUUUUUCAUUGUUUACAGUUUGAUGUUUUUGCUUUGUUUAAAAUAGCAUGGUUGAGGUAUCUUUUGGGUUCAUUGAACAAGUAUAAUUUGUUGCCGAGUAGGGAAGGGGUUAAUAAGAAUCAUUAAAUAAUCUGACCAUCAUUGAAGAUCAGUUGCACACAUGAAAGUCUUAAGGUCUUACCUACUUCCUUACUUCCAUUUGUUGUAACUGCAGAAUUAAUUACAAACUUUGUUUUAGAUGCUUCUGGCUACUCAGAUGUUACUUCCAUUGUUUCUCAUUUACAAAUAUGUUUUCAUAUCAGCAGUGGAUUGAUGUAUUUUAAGGUUUAUUAAAUUAUUGAGAUAUUUUCUACUGA